CAGCUGCUGCUUCUAGAGUGGUUGUUAGCUGAGCUUUCAGACACAUUUUGCUGAAAAAUAUAAGCAAUGUUGUCUUUGUGUUCAAAUGUCUACAAUGCUUUGUCAGACUUCCUCCAGCCAAGGCCCCCAGGAGUGUCUGAUGUGUCAGCCCCAAACGGAGAAACCAAGAACUCACAGGAGCACAGGAUAGAGGAAGCAGAAUCUGAGCUCACUGCCCGGGACAAUCCCACAGGAACACCGGCCCAGCAUCCUAAACAAGAGGAGUCUGAAGAUCUGAGGGAGAAAGAACAGACCCCACAGAAGCUGAGGCUCAUCCUGGUGGGAAAAACUGGAAGUGGGAAGAGCGCAACAGGAAACAGCAUCCUUGGCAGAGAAGUGUUUGAGUCUAAGCUCAGCACCAGACCAGUGACCAAGACCUUCCAGAGGGGGAGCCGAACCUGGGCCGGGAAGGAGCUGGAGGUGAUCGACACCCCUGAUAUUUUGUCCCCUUGGCUUCUACAGGAAGUGGAAGGUGAGGGCUCCUGGGAAGCCAUCUCCUCCUCAGGGCCACAUGUGGUGCUCCUGGUCAUAGAGCUGGGCCGGUUCACAAAGGAGGAUCAGUUGGUGGUCAGGCGCCUCCAGGAGGUCUUUGGAAUGGGCGUCCUGGCCCACACUGUCCUGCUGUUCACCAGGAAGGAGGACCUGGAUGGUAACUCUCUGGAUGAGUAUGUGCAAGAGACUGACAACCGGGAGCUUGCCCAACUGGAUGUGAUCUGUUCACGGCGCCACUGUGGCUUCAGCAACAGGGCAAAGGGUUCAGAGCAGGAGGCCCAGCUGGAGGAGCUCAUGUUAAAAAUCGAGGGAGUCCUGUGGGAAACCCAAGGCCAUCCUUAUAGCCACAAGGCUGACUAGUGCUCUGCAAGGACAGGAAAAGGCCUCUCCUUUGUUUUUCUGUCACAACUCACAAAAUAUGGGGAGCUUCUGGGAAUUAUACACAACGAUUGUUUUUUCUGAUUCAAGCAGCCUAUUCAUACAGCAGGAUAGAUAAGGCCUGAGUUCAAGGCUGCACGUUCCUCCCAACCCCGCCUCCCUGCUGUUUUAACCACUCCUGGAUAAUUUGCACCAAGGCAUCUCUAGUUAGUAGGGAGCUGCCUUUCCCUCCUCUUCAGAAAAGCCUCUUUUGAACUAUUUAUAACUUUUGUUCUAAGCUUGUCUUACAGGCUUGGGAGAAAUUCUGGUAAGACACAUUCUCAGCACAUCUGCCUGACUGUCUCCUCCAAAGCAAGCAAACUAACUUUUCAAGACCAUCCUUGGUACCUGGUCAGUUUCAACACAAUUGCCCUCCCUUCCUUGUUGCCUAACAACAGCAACUGCUUGCUCUUUAAAAGUGUAAGCCACACUUUCUUCCCCUCCCUGUGUUACUAGCAAUAUGCUGGUCCUUUCCUC